AUGUCUAACUUGCUCCUAGAUGUUCUCAGAAACGAUCUCAACCAGGAACUCGAUCCUGCAAUGGAAACAAUCUCAAACGAGUAUCUUAAUGAACUAUUGACUAAUGAUGAAUUGUUCUCCAUGGAUCAGUACACCACCACCACCACCAACUCAGAAAACCUUGCGGCAACAUCUUCGACUUCCGCCACUACUGGCAGGAACAUAGUCGAGGAAAUUGCAGAAUUGGAUCUCCAGGAAAGAUCUUUAAACAUCGAGUUGUCAUCAAUUACCUACAAGAAUAAGGAUAUCAUAGUAGACGUAUCGUCAGACUUACAGACUAUAAAUAAAUUGCUAUUCCAAGAAUUUGCUGAAGAGGUCAAUUCUAUGGAAAAAGCAGUGACUAGCGAUCACUCUACCACUUCUUCCCAGAAGAGCGCGCUUUCCGUUAACAUAAAUGAAAAGCUCUAUAAAACUAUCGAAAGUAAUAACAACAUUCUUUCGAAUAUCGACUCCAUCCUAGACCUUUUGGAAUUACCUUCGCUUUGUAAACUUUGCAUUCUCCAGGGAAAUUAUCAAGAAUCCUUGGAAAUCUCGAUGUUAGUGCAAUCGUUACUUAUUAGGUUCCCGGGGGUGCACAUUUUCCAUCAAAUCAACCAACAGGUGGAGACGGAAUUGAAGCUUAUGGUGAAGGGACUCCUCAAGCUCUUGAACACUAAUUUGAAGCAGAACAAUAUCCUUAAAAUUUUCCAAAUCUUAAACAAACUUGAUUUGAUCCAGUCUAAUGAUUCUGCAGAGACGAAAAAGCUACAAAAGGAGAAGUAUCUUAAAAUAAUUUACCUCAACUCUAGGUUCAAGUUUAUUGUAAACGAACUCAACAGUUUACAGCCCUUGAUAAAAUUUAACAAGCUAACUUAUCUCAAGAGAUACAUCGAGAUAUACCGUGAACAUAUUUUCAGUACACUUUCCAUAUAUCAUGCCAUUUUCACUGCUGCGAAGUCUUCCACCACUUCAUCAGCAGUAUCGUCAGCCAGCUCUUCUGACGAUGACACACUCCUCAUCAAUCAAUUUAUUCGUAACCUUGUGGCAUUGCUAACCACGGUUUUCAAAACUUAUUACAACGAGAUAGACGAUAUCUCAGCAACCAACCCUACAAAGGAGGAUGAAAUAGAGAAAGUGGCUCAUCAGGAUGGUUUGCUCCUUCAAAUCAUCUACCUUUGUAAAUCAUUGGCCAAAUACCAUGUCGACUUUGAAAGUGUUAUAAUAUGGGAUUUGUGUUAUAGUUCUGACUUAAUAACAGAAGCUGAUUGGAAGAGGAAUUUGAAAAAGGUAAAAAAGUUUAAAGCAUAG